AAUUUAUCGACUAAACCUAGCCAAUCACCAUGUCCCACCGCACUUGAGGGCAAACAAGGGCCUCACAGACGCAUAACUUCAUGUAGCAAUCCAUGUUCACCACACCAAUUCUAAUCUCUUUUCUUUUCUUUUUCAUUUAUUCAAACUACCCUUUCCUUUGAUCUGAAUACGAAUCACUCACAAUGACAGAGAAAUAUGUGCCUCCGCCUGAGGCAGUAGAACGAGGACUUUAUGUCGCAUAUGCUGCACUCAGCACCAUGGCUGUUUUGCCAAUUUAUUUUGGGUCAUUUGCAUCUCUCAAGAAGUGGAAGAAUCCUAACGCAAAGAAGAAAAAAACAGAGGAUUCAGAUGAUUCGGAUGACGAGGAUGAGGCUACAGAGUCCAUGUCGCUGGAAGAUGCAUACAUGUUUCCUGUAUUUGGAUCGAUUACGCUGUUUGGUCUGUAUUUGGUCUUCAGGUACCUCGACAAGACCUAUGUCAAUUAUCUUCUCACAGCAUACUUUGGAUUGCUUGGUGUCAUGGCCACCACCCAAGUGGGAGUCAACUGUAUCGCACCCGUUGUCAAACUCGUUGGCAUUGAUGUUGACAAAUGGCAUUUGAGACUUACCAAAAAGAAGAAGGAACUGUACUCGGUCAAGUUUACUAUUCUUCACUUGAUCAUGAUGGUUGCAUCAGUUCUUUUGUCAGGAUACUAUGUGGUUACCAAGAAUUGGAUUGCCUCCAAUGUUUUUGGUAUCUGCUUUGCCUUGAACGCUAUUCAAUUGCUUUCGCUUGACUCCUUCAAGACAGGAAUGAUCCUGUUGAGCGGUCUGUUCGUUUAUGAUAUCUUUUGGGUCUUUGGCACAGAAGUGAUGGUGUCUGUGGCCAAGAACUUUGAUGCGCCCGUGAAGGUGAUCUUUCCUCGGUUAUUCUUUGGUUUGCCUGUUGGGGAGCCUUAUCAAUUUGCGAUGCUUGGACUGGGUGAUAUUGUGAUCCCCGGUGUCUUUGUUGCAUUAUGUUUGCGAUUUGAUCAACACUUGACUGGUAUCAAGAAUCCUAAUUUGGGACGAUCGACUAGGUUCAGCAAGCCUUAUUUUACAGCCUGCUUCAUCGCCUAUGCCAUUGGUUUGGGCACAACGAUUUAUGUCAUGCAUACGUUCAAGGCUGCUCAACCUGCACUCCUCUACCUCUCUCCGGCGUGUAUUCUGAGCGUUUUAGUCAUGGGAUUGGCUCGCGGUGAGAUCAAAGAGGUCUUUGCCUAUACUUCAGAGGAGGAUGAAAAAAAGGAGGAUGAAAAAAAGGUCUCGAAGAAGAUUGUUACCCAGGUUGAGGAUGAUGAUGAGACCAAAGCGGAGUCUAUUGCUGAAAAGACAUCGUCCCCUAGUGGAUCAGAUCAUGAAAGUGCAAGCACACCCAAGCUUCGUAAGCGCAAAGGUGGAAAGGCACAAAAGAAGAAGUAA